AGUGUCUCCAGGGCCCGGGUGGCACUGUCCAUGCCCCGCCAUCUCCUUCAUCUGCUCAUCUGAGGCCUCAGGGAGAAGACAUCAUGACCUCCACCCUCAGGGCCCUGCUCUGCCUCGGGCUGAGUGUGGGCCUCAGGACCCCAGUGCAGGCAGGGAUCCUCUCGGCUGAGCCCCUCCCCAAGCCCAAGCUCUGGGCUGAGCCAGGCCCUGUGAUCUCCCGGGGGAACCCCGUGACCAUCUCCUGUCAGGGGACCCAAGGGACUAAGGAGUACCGUUUUGAGAAAGAGGGAAGCCCACCAUCAUGGAAUAGUCAGAAGCCACAGCAGCCUGGGGACAAGGCCAAUUUCUCCAUCACACACAUGACAGACAAUGAUGCAGGGAUAUAUCGCUGUUACUAUCUCAGCCACACUAACUGGUCAGAGCGCAGUGACCCCCUGGAGCUGGUGACAACAGGAUCCUACAGCAAACCCAGCCUCUCAGCCCUGCCCGGCCCUGUCGUGACCUCAGGAGGGAACGUGACCCUCCAGUGUGGCUCAUGGCAGGGAUUUCACAGGUUCAUUCUGACUAAGGAAGGAGAUCACAGGUUCUUCAGGGCCCUGGACUCACAGUCACAUCGCAGUGGGCAGUUCCAGGCCCUGUUCUCUGUGGGCCCCGUGACCCCCGGCCACAGGUGGACGUUCAGAUGCUAUGGCUGUUCCAGGGACAGGCCCCAUGUGUGCUCACACCCCAGUGAUGCCCUGGAGCUCCUGGUCUCAGGUGAGUCUGGGAAGCCCUCCCUCCUGAGCCAGCAGGGCCCCAUCUUGGCCUCUGGACAGAGCCUGACCCUCCAGUGUCGCUCUGAUGUCGGCUAUGACAGAUUCGCUCUGCACAAGGAGGGGGGACGGGACCUCCCCCAGAGCCUUGUCCUGCAGCCCCAGGCUGGGCUCUCUCAGGCCCACUUCCCCCUGGGCACUGUGAGCAGCUCCCACGGGGGCCGGUACAGAUGCUACGGUGGAUACAACCUGUCCUCUGAGUGGUCGGCCCCCAGUGACCCCCUGGACAUCCUGGUGGCAGGACAGCUGUCUGACAGACCCUCCCUCUCGGUGCAGCCAGGCCCCAGGGUGGCCUCAGGAGAGAACGUGACCCUGCUGUGUCAAUCAUGGAGCCAGAGGGACACGUUCCUUCUGUCCAAGGAGGGGGCAGCCGAUCCCCCUCUGCGUCUGAGAUCAGAGCACCGAGCUCAGCAGUUCCAGGCAGAGUUCUCCAUGAGCCCUGUGACCUCAGCCGAUGGGGGGACCUACAGGUGCUACAGCUCACGCAGCACCUCCCCCUUCCUGCUGUCACGCCCCAGUGAGACCCUGGAGCUCCUGGUCUCAGGAGACGUCCCCAGACCCUCCAUCUGGGCUGACCCAGGACCCAUCGUCACCAAGGGGAGCCCCGUGACCAUCUGGUGUCAGGGGUCUCUGCAGGCUAGUGCCUACCUUCUGUAUGAAGAGAGGGGCUGGGAGCCCUUGGAUACGAGGAAACCACAGAACUCCAGCAACAAGGCCGGCUUCCUCAUUGGAGCCAUGACCCAAUCCCACGCAGGGCGGUACCAGUGUGCAUAUUACACCACUGGGGACAUACUGUCAGAGCGGAGUGACUCCCUGCUCCUGGUGGUGACAGGAGUGGGCGGUGCACCCUCCCUCUCAGCCCAGCCAGGCCCUGUGGUGGCCUCAGGAGGGAACCUGUCCCUCUCCUGUAGCUCACGGGUCACAUUGGGCACUUUCCAUCUGCUGAAGGAGGGAGGGGCUGACCCACCCCAACACAUGGAAGCAGAACCGAGGAUCCAUACUGGGAGGUGGUGGGCCAUCUUCCCUCUGGGCCCCGUGAGCCCCUCCCAUGGGGGGACCUAUAGAUGCUAUGGCUCUUCCAGCACCUACCCCAACGUGUGGUCACAGCCCAGUGCCCCUCUGCACAUCGAGGUCACAGGUGUGCACAGGGAGCCCGCCCUCUCGGCCCAGCCAGGCACACUGGUGCUGCCUGGACACAGCCUGACCCUCCGGUGCCACGCGGAGGCCGGCUUUGACAGAUUCGCGCUGACCAAGGACGAGGGGCUCACACACCCCCAGCGCCUCGAUGGGCAGCGCAGCCCCGCCUUCCCCCUGGGCCCCGUGAACCGCACCCACGGGGGCCGGUACAGAUGCUACAGUAGCCCUGUGGGUGGGGACAAUCGCUCCUCUGCGUGGUCGGCCCCCAGCGCCCCCCUGGACAUCCUGGUGGCAGGAAUGUACAGGAAACCCUCCCUCUCAGCCCAGCCGGGACCCUCUGUGUCCAGGGAAGCAACCGUGACGCUGCGGUGUGGGUCUGAGAUCUGGUUGGACACCUUCCACCUGCACAGGGAGGGGUCACUGGACCUUCCCCAGCACCUUCGUCUGCACAACACGUCUGCACCCGCUCAGGCAACCUUCACCCUCAGUCCUGUGAGCUCAGGCCACCAGGGGACCUACAGGUGCUCUGGCUCCAACAGCUCCUCCCCCUACCUGCUGUCACAGCCCAGUGACCCCCUGGAGCUGGUGGUCUCAGUUUCCCAUCCUCAAGACUACACAGUGGAGAAUCUCAUCCGGAUGGGCGUGGCUGGCUUGGUCCUGCUGGUCCUUGCGGUGCUGCUAUUUCAGGCUCGAAACAACCCCAUAAGGAUCCUCGAUGUAGCCAGGAUGUGAACACAGAGGCAACAACGCACCAUUCAGAGUGGGGGAGCCCUGGAGCCCAUCUGAUGACCCCAGAAGAGAAUAUGGACCACAGUUGGGGAAACUGUCUGCUGAGAAUGUCCAGGAGAGAAGAUGUGGUAGGCGAGGUUUGGGUGCAGGAGAACGUGGGCCAUGUACCUGUAGAGGGCGCCUCCUCCAUCCACCUGGGGUGCUCUCCCUCCCUCCCUGUCCUUGCUCAUUCUCCAUCACUGCCCUCCUGUUCACACCCUGUGAUGUGAGGGUUCGUCCCACAUGGCUGGUUUGUAUACACAUCUAUACACCCCUUCAUGCUGGGUCACAUCCAUCCCAACAAAAUGUGGUAUCUUCAUAAAAUUGGGAUUGUUUCAUUUUAUUUUACUUUUAUUUUUUAACUAUGUUUUUGUUGAUUUUAGAGAGAGAGGAAGGAAGAGGGAUAGAGAGAUAGAAACAUUGAGGAGAGAAAAAUGUCAGCUGCCUCCUGUACACACCCUUUUGGGAUGGAAUCCGCAACCCAGGCAUGUGCCCUGACUGGGAUUUGAACCAAUGACUUCCUGGUUCAUAGGUCGAUGUUCAACCACUGACACACACUGGCCAGGCUGUGGGAUUAUUUUUCAACCAAGAAGAACUAAGCAAAAAAACAAAGUCCUGAUACCUGCUCCAUGUGGUCCAGCCCAUUGCACAUCUCCACCCUCCUACCAUCUCCAUGUGGCUUCUUCUUUGUAUCCUUACCUGUGGACUUCUGUUCACCAAGAUUCCAGAUGGUUCUGAAAGAUGGUUGUUCUGUAGUUUAGAACAACUACUGUUGUGGUCAUGGGAGGAUUUGAGUACUUCCUUUACUUCCUCUGCUAUCUUGAGCAGAAGUCAUAAUAUUUUGAUAAUAAAUAAGUAAUUUUGAAUUGUUG